AUGAGCACUAUUAUCGAAUCCCAGUCCGGACCCGGCAACCCAGGCAGCCCUGCCCCAAGCGCUACAGGCUCAACAGGAACCUCCGGCAUUACAGUGCCCAAUGGCCCCGGUGGUCAACCGCUCAGUUUUAGAAGACAACGUGCAUCACGCGCGUGCGAGACAUGCCAUGCUCGCAAAGAUUUCCCCGCGUUAACCUUCAUUCCCUUCAACCAGGUUCGUUGCGAUGCCGCAAGCCUAGGAGUCCCUUGCACCAACUGUGUCGCCUUCUCAAUUGAAUGCAAGAUUCCAACACCAAAACGAAAAAAGACCUCCAAAUCUAAAGACGACACCCGCUACGACAGCCCACCUCGAACCGCCUCCUCGCUAGUCGACGCAGCGGUCGCUCAUUUCCAGCCCUCCAGCAAUGAGGAUUCAGGCGACAAUGGACAAGAUGACCAGCGAGAACCAUCUCCCGAUUCAGACCAGAAAGAUGAUGCAUUCGGAUACCGCAAGAACAAGAUGGCUUCGGACGGAAUGCCCAUGACCGCCUUUUCCCAAGCGGAGGCAGCCCAGCAGGCUUCGACUGAUAACGCAUAUGCCCAGUUCAUGAAGCCCAAGUUUGCACGGGCGCCUAUCAAGGAAGCCGGUCGCGUCGCUUAUCUUGGAGAAUCCUCGAACCUAUCAUUACUUGUUCAAGAUCGUCACGGAACCACAGACGUUGUGCAUUACCCACUCCCACCGAAUAUCAGAGGAUCGCGCGCUCGGUUGACGGACCUGGAUAACUUGGAGAUUGAAAUACUACAUCAACGUGGAGCGUUCUUGCUGCCUCCGAAGCCACUAUGUGAUGAGUUGGUUGAGGCGUAUUUCAAAUGGGUGGCGCCGGUCGUCCCGAUUAUCAACAAGAGCCGUUUCAUGCGUCAUUAUCGUGAUCCCAAAAAUCCGCCUUCGCUACUUUUGCUGCAGGCUAUCCUGUUGGCAGGGUCAAGGGUCUGCACAAAUCCUCAACUGAUGGAUGCAAACGGCUCAACAACUCCGGCUGCAAUGACUUUCUAUAAGCGUGCUAAGGCUUUGUACGAUGCCAAUUAUGAGGAUGACCGCGUGACCAUCGUUCAGGCUUUGGUACUACUGGGAUGGUAUUGGGAAGGACCUGAAGAUGUGACGAAGAACGUGUUCUACUGGACUCGGGUCGCCAUUGUUGUGGCCCAAGGCUCGGGAAUGCAUCGCAGCGUGGAAACUUCGCAACUCAGCAAGCCUGAUAAAAGACUUUGGAAGAGGAUUUGGUGGACGCUGUUCACUCGUGAUCGAUCAGUCGCUGUUGCUAUGGGACGACCUAUCGGGAUUAACACAGAUGAUUCCGAUGUCGAGAUGGUAACUGAGGACGACUUCAUUGAAGAUGAACUCGAUGUUGUAGCCGAGUAUCCACCAGAGCCAGUGCAUGUACAGUUUUUCCUGCAAUACGUCAAGCUGUGUGAGAUUAUGGGUCUGGUACUUUCCCAGCAAUACUCCGUUGCAUCCAAGUCACGGCGCAUGAACGCGAUGGAUCUUACCCACUCCGACAUGGCGCUGGCCGAUUGGUUGCAAAAUUGCCCUAAGGAGGUUUGCUGGCAACGAUCCAACCAUCAUUUCUGGGCGGCCCUCCUUCAUUCGAAUUACUACACGACGUUGUGUCUUUUACAUAGAGCCCAUAUGCCUCCAGCUUCCUCUGCGCCUAAUAGCUACAGAGUGGAAGAAAUGGCAUACCCAUCGCGUACAAUUGCAUUCCAGGCUGCAGGAAUGAUGACUUCUAUCAUCGAAAACCUGCAUAACCAUGGAGAGCUUCGUUAUACGCCAGCGUUCCUUGUCUACAGUUUGUUCUCAGCCCUGAUUAUGCACGUAUACCAAAUGCGUUCAUCCGUCCCCUCAAUUGUGGCAACCUGUCAGGAACGGAUCAACGUUUGCAUGAGUGCAUUGAAGAGUGUCUCUAAGGUGUGGUUGGUAGCGAAGAUGGUGAACACGCUAUUCGAGUCUAUUCUCGGCAACAAAAUCCUCGAGGAGCGACUUCAGAAGGCCGCGGGUAGGAGGCAUCAACGGCGGCCCCCACAUGACAAUCCGAACACGGCUGCAAAUACGAAACGGCCGGAGCCUCCCAAACGAAAGUUUGAUGAUAUGGAUCUAGGCUUGCCUAACGGUGGACCUACUCCCCCUGUCUCAUACGAACGCUCACGCCCUCAGACUCCCGCUGUAACACCCUCUCGAGAAUUGAAUCAGCCACCGCUUGGUCAUACAUCGCCUAACGCGCACCGUGGCCCCGCGGAUCCUAUCACUGGAACCGGAAAUUCUCGAAGCAAUACUCGACCGACCACACCCUUCAACGCUCAAUUCUCUCUCCCUGCCACUCCACCUGACUUCUUCCUUGUUACUCGUAACUCGCCAAAUCUUUCUCCAUCUCUUUGGGAGAACUUCCAGCCCGAUCAACUUUUCCCCGAUGGUACUGGCAUUUUCCCCGAAUUGACCUCUCCGCCUCCAGCCACUAUGGAUCCCCAACUGCAAGUUCCUAACGGUAUUCCCUCGCAAAACAUGGGCCAGCGGCCCAUGAUGGGCAACCCGCAGCAACCAGCUGUCCCAGGACGCAGUAUGUCCAUGUCACAAGGCAGUCCACAGAUGAUGCCGGGGGUUCCUGGUGCCAUGGGAAUGCAGCCUGGUCAACAACAGAUGUUCGGUAUGGAAGGUCAGACAUGGCCGAUGCCGGGCAUGGAUGCGACUAUGAAUGGACCGGCGCUGGACGCUGGUAGCCAGGACGACACCUGGAGCAACAGCUCCCGCAGUGGACCAACUGCACCCACGACAUUGAAUGUAGAAGACUGGUUUCAAUUCUUUGGUAUCAAUGGUGGUUUCGGCGAUUUGGCAGCAUAA